GCGCGAACAUGUGGUUGUUUUGAUCGGUCUUAUUUUUUCACUCUCGCUGUGUGUUUGUGUGUGUGUUCGUCUCGCGCGUUUUGGCCUUUACAACGUUCAGCGUUCAACGUUCAUUAAAACAAAAACAACAAACCCGAAAAUAAAAUUGUUGCGAUCAAGUGAAAUAAAAAUUAAAAUCGAGCAAAUUGAAAAAAUAGAGGUUCUGUGUUGUUGCUGCUAUUGCGGCGGAUAAAUGUCAUAGCCGUGGAUGCGGUACAGCGGCAAAAAAAAAACACUUGCGGUCCAACCAGUCUGUCUCGAGUCGAGAAGACCAGCCGACAACAAAUUUAGUCCAACGACGACAACCCAGAAGUGUGGUGAAACCAGUGGCACUGGUAAAUAGUGUGUAAUUGCUAGUGAUUCCAUAUAAAAAGAAAACUAAGUUGAAACAACAACAACUACAGCAAUCUUCAUUAAAAUCCAGAGAAGAAGAAGAAAAAUCAACUCAGGCCUUAAUCAUAAAAUCCAAGAAGAAGCAGCAGUAUUGCUAGAAAAAAGUUGGCUAUUGAUGCUUCUACGACAGCUGUUGCUGCUGCUGCCUCGCGAAGAUGGAAGAAGAUGUCUUAAACGCCUUGCAGAGUCGCACAGCCUAUUUGCCGGGAAGUUUUGAUCGCGAUGGCAAAAUCAUUUUCAUUGUCAAUGUAAUCAACGAUCUUCAGAGCUGGCAGCGCAAAUGUUUGGAACUAUCCGCCGCCUAUUUGCGACGCUCGCUGAGUGACGUCAUUUUGCAAAAAGGCAUAGCCGUCAUUGUUGAUGCCCAGAAGACAACGGCCCGGAUAACGCGUCAACAUGCCCGUUACAUUUAUAAUCUAUUCGAGGGGCUAAAAGUCAGUCUAUAUCUAGUCAAAUCCGAGGGAUUCUGGGAGAAACAUGUUGAGACCUGUACCAAAGGCCAAGGGAAGGGAGAGCCCAUUGUCUUGUCAAAGGCCCGUUUAACGAAAUUCUUUGAUUUGUCUUCACUGCCCGAGGAGCUGGGGGGAACAUUACAAUUCAAUUAUGAUGUGUGGCUGCAGCAGAGGAAGUCCGUGGAAGAGUUCAUUAAAUUUUAUGACGACUGUCUGAAAUCCAUGGAAAAUUAUCACAAACUAUUGCAGGGCAAUAAAUCAAUACGGCCAACGGAAGCGGAUGUAGAGCUUAAGAAAAAUGCCCAACAGCAUGCGACAGUGCAGUGCAACAUUGAAACGGUCAUUGCGAUGGGCAAUCGUAUUUUAACACGUUUCAAUGAAAUCUAUGCCCCCACUGCACCAUUUCCAACGACAACAACAACGUCAACAAUGCCCAGUGCCAAUGCAACAACCACAACUUCAAAUAAAACCAAAGCAAAACCGACCCCAACAAAUACAACGACCUCAACGGCAGCAGCAGCAACAACAACAUUGGAUUACGAAGCAGCAACAGCAGUAGCAGCAAGUGUCGUGCACACACCUGCAACGGCAGCGUCGACCACAACAUCGCCAAUGCACAAGUUGCCAUUGCCACCCGACUUGAAUUGUGAACGGGCACGUAUCGAAAUGCGUCUAAACGAAAUCGAAAAACGCCAGACAGACGUGCGCACAGCCUGGCUGGAGCUGUUGCAGUCGGUGAGAGAAGCCAGAGAAGUGGCCCAUCUGGAGGAGGGGGUGGCCUUUGUAACCAAUUGGAUUUUAAAUACCGCCGAACAAAAGCUCAAUCGUCAAACGAGUAUCGGCUGUGAUGUCAAGGCAUGCGAACAGCUGAGGGCAGCUCACGACAAGUUGGAGCUGGAAUGCCGCGAGACAUAUGGUUUUUAUGCCGAGCUAUUGUACAAAAUCGAUUCGUAUGCUGGGAACAAGGAUACGCCCGGCUAUCGUGACCUAUUGCCGCAGAAGGAAUUCAUGCAGUUUGUGUGUCGCUCGUUUGCAACUCGCUUGGAGCGGCGACGCAAUAUUCUCAUUACUUCGUUGAGAUUUUAUCGUUUGGUAAGCGAAUACUUUGAGCGCACCACGGAGGUGUUCGAGUCCCUAGUCAUGGGUAGCGGUAAUAAAAUCGAAGAUUUAUCAGCAGCUACCAGUACACUGCAAAAGCUGAAGAGUUCCCAACAAAGUUUAGCUGCCAUUGAACGUGAACUGAUCAAGGAUGGCGAAAAACUCAGCGACAUACUAUCGAUGCCGGUAAAAGAUGCACUUGGCCGUGACCUACACAUCGACUACAGCGACGACAUUUACAAUAUCCGCGAAAUUUUGGACACGACACUGGCGCGGCGUAAAAUAUUCAGCGACAGCGUUGAACUGCAAAAGCUCACCUUGGAACAGCUGACACACAUUUUCACCUACGAACAGGAUGCACGAAUGGCCAUCAAAUGGCUGGACGAUUUGUACAAUGUCAUGAUCAAGUGUCAUUCGCAUGUGGGCUGUAACAUCCAUGAGAUACAGGUGCAAAAGGAUGAAUUGCAAACGUUUCAGGAAACUGGAAAGAGUAUCUUUCAGUACGGCUGUCAACUGCUGGAGGCAUCGCAGACGUUGCGCACCACCUGCAAGCUGGAAAUCAGCGAAGCAUUACAAAUGCAACAGCAAUUAGAGAAGACGUGGCACAGUCUUCAGGCUAUAAGUCAGGAGCACAUGACACGACUGCGCGUCUCCGCUGUCUUUCAUCGCAGUGUCGAAGAUUAUUGUCAGCAGCUGAUGGAUCUGCGUCGUACGCUACGCACCAUGUUGCAGGAGCAACAGUUGCAGCUGCUCCAGCAACAACGCAGCAGCAGCAGUGGUGUCAGCAGUGAAUCAGCCUCGCCCCAACCAUCCUCCACAACGUCGACAAUGACACGCAACAUGACAACAUCAUCGCCAUGCAUGCUGUUGCAUUCGCGGCAAUUGUCCCGCAAAGCCAUGGCGGCAGCAAGCCGAAAAACAAAUGAGCGAACAGCAACAACAACAACACUACUCAAAGAUUGCGGUGCAGCACUGGCCGAAAAGGCUCUCAACCAGCAGAGCGAAUUGUUGCGCAAGUAUUUGGUGGAACGUGAAAAACUUCUGGUGGAAGUAGGUCGCAUGGUUCGUUUGGGAAGGUUAUUGAAAACUCGUUUGAAAGAACCUUUCGUCUUGGAUGCGGCCACAGGGAAGAGUGUUGUGAUUGAAGAUUUACCCUCGGAAAUAACUGCUCCCAGUCCCUCUAUGGAGAGUUCAAUAUCGGGUAGCAGUAACAAUACAAAUAGCACCAUUACCACCACCACCACUGGCACCAUGGAUUCGACAACGACUCGUCUGGCAACGGAUCCCACCAAAAUUGUUGUCCAGCCUGUGGGCAGUAAUGGGCUGGCAUGUUCGGCCAUUACCGGUAAAUUAACGGACAUUGCUGAAGUGGCCGAAUCACUGGAUUCGGUUAUUCGUGACAUCCAGGAGAAUUCACAGCGUGCCGAAGUCGAAUCGAAUGCAACGAGUCCACGUGACAAAAAAUUGGGUACACUAAGGAGCACGAGUAGUGAGGAUUGGCAUUCUCGUUCCACCGAAGAUGACUCGUUUGUUACGGCCUCUGAGGGUCGCACCUCGUCCUACAUGAGUUGUAACAAGAGCUCGUUUGAUUACAGUGAGGGUAAUGAUUCGACCUUGGCAUUCGACAUGCCCGAUGUGAAUUCACCAUUCAAUAUGUCAUUUGACGAAUCCGAACAGAGUUUCAUCUCUGCCCAACAGGAUACAAAUAAAACACCAACAAAACUGUCAGAUAGUGGAGAUGGUCCCUUGGAUGAAGAGGAUCUCGAAGAUCCCAGUAGUUUGGCAGAUAUUGAAGACUUGCACAGUGAAAGUGUAACACCGACUCCGGCAGAAACGGAAGAACUAUAUGUGGAUAGUAUACCGAUUGAAUCGGAAACCGAACUAGAAGUGUCGGGCAUAGUCGAUGCUCCCACCAUGGAUGUGUUGACCGAAUGUGCAGCACCACCGUUAUCCGUGACCCCAGAGGUGAGCUCUUCCUCCUGUUCGAAACAAUGUCAAACACAUGACGAUGAUGCUGAUAAUGACGAUGCUUCAGCUACAACAUCUUCCGCUAAUAACUCGCAAUCUAGUACUAAUACCCUUAACACCAACUCCAAUGCGACAAAACCAAAUGCUGCUUGGCGUCGUAGUAAAUACUAUGAGAAUAUAACAAAACAAACCAUUAAAGGGUUUUUAUAAAACAAAUCUAAUUUUAUUCAAAUGCUUUGCUCGAUUGUAGCGUGUAAAAUUUUUGCGUGAACUUUUUCAAUUUUAACCCUGAACUUGUCAAUGUUUUUGUUUUUAAUUUAUUGUUAUUUUUUUUACUAAUUUAUUUUUUUUGUGACGAAAUUUGUUUCCAUGCGUGCCACGCAUUCAACCGAAGUGAGUGCGUGGGCUGGCAAGUUUUUCGUUUUUUUAGUUUUAUUGUUAUAAUUUAAAAUUGUAUUUGUAAAGACAAUAUAUAAUUAUUAUUGGAUUUUUCGCAUGCUUUUUUAUCAGUUUUUAAUUUAUUAAUUAGUUUUGUUUAUUUUAAACGUAAUAUUGAGAAUUCCAAACAUAUGUAGUUCGUUUGCUUGUGUUUUAAAAUUUGAUUUUUGUUUUAUUUUUAUAAUUUUAAUUUUAAAGUUUUUAUAAUUUAAAAGUUUCUUAUUUAUAUAAAUGUUGCAUUUAAUUUAAUUUACCUAAUCAAACAUUUUAGUCAAUAUUUUAUUAUUUAAGAGCUGAGUGUAAUUUAGGAAUAUCAUAGCAAAUAA